AAGUAUAGAGUAAAGUGCACGCCAGCAACAGCAAAUUACAAAUGGCGGCCGCGUGACGGAUGAGGUAGACGGGAGGAUGGAUGCACUUGCAAUGUUUUAAUUAGUGUAAAAUUGCAGUGUUUACGCACACUACACUAGCCAGGAUUAUGGUAAGUCUACAAUCAGCAAGUGGCAGUAUUCAAACAAUAUUUCUAGUCUAAAAAGUUUCUACGAAAAAAAGAGUGAAAAAGUAUUAAAAUUGUACUUAAUUAUAUUUAUAUAUUUUACAAAAAUCUGUGCAAUUUUUACAAGUGUUUGCCAAAGAGAAUGGUGUUAGUUUUUAGUUUAUGAUUGUCUGUGGAGUUUCGUAAAUGGAACAGAAGAUGGCGCUGCCGCCGCAACAGUUCUGCGUCAGGUGGAACUCCUACCACACCAACUUACAGGCGGUAUUCCCCCGACUGCUUCUCACCGAGCAAUUCGCUGACGUCACGCUCGCGUGUGAAUCCCGACAGCUGCGAUGCCACAAGCUAGUGCUCUCCGCCUGCUCCGCCUACCUGGAGCGACUCCUGCUGAACAACCCCUGCAAGCACCCCAUAGUGCUCAUGAGGGAUAUGAGGUUCAGUGAAAUGCAAGCCUUGGUGGACUUCAUGUAUAAGGGAGAGGUGAAUGUGACCCAAGAGGAACUGCCGAGCCUUCUGAAGAGUGCAGAGGCGCUGCAGAUCCGGGGCUUAUGUUCGAGCGAUAGCAGUGGCUUGGCAUCCGAGCUGAACAAGCCAGAGCGAGACAGCAAAGACUACACCGUCGCCACCGAGGCCCUAGUCGCGCACGCGCAACGAGAAGCUACCACCAAUGGUCCCCCCGCCCCCCCUCAGCCACAAACCCCCACCAACGGCCCGAUCCACACCAAGAAACGCAAGCAAGAUGAAACAGAAGUCAAAGAGGAAACUGUCGAAGAGGACGGGCUUUACUACGGCGAGUUGGACCACGAGAACAUGGAAUACAAUGAGGACGAGGAAUCAGGCAAACCCGGCAGCAGUUUAGGACAACCCUCAGGUCGCCAAAACUACCUCCGCGUAAAACCCGAAAGCGAGCUAUUCUUCCAAACGAAGCUCCAAAACCUAGCCAAAGCAAACUCAGAGUACAUCAACAGACUCUCCAAAAUGAACGCAACAGAAAUACGACAGGAAUUCACCAAAUACGGCUUCCAAGAGGAACAGAAGGACAAAACCGAAAACGAUUAUUACAAGUCCUGGCUGGAGCAGAACGGGGAAUUAGAAGUGUCUCUCCUCAAAUGCGGCCAGAAAAAGCCGAAGCCAGAUUUCAAAAACCAAAAAUCUGAAGUGGAACUGAUUCCUAAACCGAAAGAAGCGAAAGAUUUCCCUAAGAUUCUUGAGAAACAGAUCCGCAGAAGAGGUCGGCCUCCGAUUUUUAAAGACAGGAACGUUGAUAUAGGGGAGACUGUACUGAAGUCGGAUUUGGAUCAGUUUUUAGAAGGGAAAGAAAUAAGUUCGUCCGGUUUGUCUCGGAAGGAUUUGGAGAGGGUGAUGAUGGGAAAGUUUAAUCCGAACCGGCGGUAUUCGAAUGAGGCCAUGUGGGCUGCGCUUAUGGAUGUCAAGAAAGGAGGGAGUAUUUAUAGGGCCGCACAGACCCACAAAGUUCCCCGCAAGUCCCUCCGCAACUGGAUGAAGCGGUGCCACAUUAAGUCCUCCUUCCCCAUGCCGCAGCAGCUCAAGCAGUUCGUGGAAAACAGCAAGAAGCAGAAGGAAGAAAAAUUCGAGUUCCCUCUAGAAAAAUUCGAAGAGGCGAAGAGUGGGGAGGAAUAUGAAGAGACGGAUUUUGGAAAGCAUUUUUUGAGCUUUCCAGGGGUCUCUAGUGAUGAUGAUAGGGAGAAGAAAGAUGAUUCUGCUAUUGACAUGACGGUGCAUGAGUAGGAUAGCUAUAGGCAGUCAAAAUAUUGCUAGAUUC